AUGGAUCUGUUCAACAAGAAGUUAUGCCAGAAUAUCGUCUUAAUGCUCAAAUGGCCUAUAUUAUUGACAGCUAUGGGCGUCCAGGAUUUAUCCAAGAUCAUAGGUCACCCUGUCCCAACCAUGGGAAACUCUUACUUCGCGGAACCUUUCGAUCCGGCACUUCAUCAGCAGGAAGUAUCUUCACUCGCAAGAGAAUAUACAUCUAGCAUACUCUUCGACGUGCCAGAACCGUCGAUUGCGUCGGAUGUUGGCAUUCCCACUUGGUCUACUGGUCAUGAUACUGCGAUUGACGAUUUUUACACCAGCAUAUAUGGGAAGAGUUCUCUUCCAAGUCUUCACUAUUCUGGAGAAAUGAGUUCAGGUGUCUUCAACGCGCGCGAUGGAGCGGUCAAUAGUUGGAGCGGAGCCGAGAGUCAGGAAGGUCAUCCAACACAUCAAGAGGUAGGAGAAGACACCCAGUCCCACUUAUCGCGUCCAGCUUCGCAGGUAGCAACUCCUCGGCGUGACGCGAAUCUCUUGAAUGUUCCCUCAUCGGACACCCAUGCGAAUAUCCUCGGAGAAGACUCAUGGGAUCAAGACCAACUCGCGGGAAAAAGGUACUACCCAGAAGGACUUCAUGCUAUACACCAGCCUCCAGGGAUCGCGGAUGACUCGCUGGCCCGGCUCGACCUGCUAAGGGAAUCAUCUCCAAAAAGUCCAGAGGUGAGAGCCCCGAAGCCGCAUCACGAGUGGAAAUCAGUAAAAAGUCCAAGUGUUGCUGAACCUCCGCCAGGAACCUUAGAGAUGUUUGGAAAAGUAUCUCCAUCGGAAGCAUAUCCCCAAUCUCUCCAAGGUCACUCAUUCGACAAAUUACCUAACUUAGCUCGAAUACCAGCUUCUAGGGGAUAUGAUCACUCUGCUUUAUUAAGUAGUUCCAUGUAUCUGUUCUCAACUGAACAUCGUAUUGCGUUCUAUCCAGAAAGCUACCCAGGUCAUAGCCUCGGGGGAGAUCAAAAUUUCGAGUCCUUUAUGGACUCUCGAAUCUUUCACAGCGAACCACAAUUCACCACACAUGAUGCUUCAAUCGCACCUCCUGCCUUUCCAGUCAUUUCACCCGUCUCAAACCAAAGAAACCCACUUGAAACUCUUGGAGACUCUUUCAAUCAUUUUACUGAUGGCCUGCUUCGCCUCACAAAGCCCAUAUCAACAAGUUUAGAGGAAAACCAAGGCACACUCUCAGAGUGGUCUUCAAGAUUUGGCUUACAGGAUACUCCAAGUAUAUCCAGCCCACCCCUUCAUAGUUCAUCACUAUAUAGUCCGACUCCUGCGCACGAAGUAUUCCUAAAUCAGGGACCAGUGUCAUAUUGGGGUCUCGCACAGAGAAACAGAGGGUGGUAUAUUGUCAAUCAACCUGGCUCAAAUGAGAUACACCACGCAGAUGUCCUACCGAUAUUGGAAGGAGCAUCGAUGGGAUCCCAUAAAUACAGUGGCAAGCUCCUGGUGCCUCUGUCCAAGCAGGGCGGUGGCUCGUCAGAAGAAUCAUCACGUGGGUUUUUUAACAGUGAAGGACAAAGAAGUUUUGAAGCGGUGAGUGGAAAUGAGAGAUCAGAUGACUCCCGUGGCUCAGGAUUUGUCCAUUGGAAAAACAAUGGAGUGAAAUUGGGGCGAGCUGAACCAGGUAUUAUUCUCUUUCUUUUGCGACUUUUAACAGUUACUCAGGUAUCAAUUCAUAUCUCAGCUUCCUCUUAUGUCAAAAAAAAACUGAGACAUGUUGUUCCUUCGAGUGAUCUAGAUAAACAGAACUUGUAUCAAGAAAAGCCAAGUAUGACAUUUGAGAACACAAGGUCAACCUUUCGAGAUGCGCGGGUAAGGUUUCCAAGACCAGAUCAGCGGAAGCGCCCAACUCAGACUUACCAAGUAGAUCCACAAUCUUCCAAGCGACAAGCUCAACUUGAUCCUUCAUUAUCUGAUGAGACGGUUGGAUCCAUUACUCAAGCAAAGAAAAGAUCCCCAUCGAUAGAGAUCGAAAGUCGUAGUUCAGAGUCAUCUGCUCUUUCAACUCAGCGGCGCUCAAGGUCUAAGCCCCGUGAUACUCGCGUGUUUGACUCUGGGACAAAAUCUGCGCCAAAAGUCAGACAACCGCGCAAGAAAAAGAAUAGAUCGAAGAAGUCUUUAGAUCUUGACGAAGAUCACUAA